AUGCUGCAUGUUAGAAAAGUCAAUUUAUUCGCUGAACGUAAACGCGUUUUAUCAAUUAUUGAAUAUGAGAAUGUUAUAGCAUUAUAUACUGGAAACCAAGUCCAACGAAAAAAUAUAAAGCCGUCGACUUCAGGCAUGACUAUCGAGUACACAUUCAUCUUUGCAUUAGGUCAUGCUGAUGCAUUAUCGCGUCUAAUGAACAACCACAAACUUGAAAACGACGAUACUGCCAUUUGUUCUAAAUCAUUUGAAGAAGAUUGCUCAGCAACCUCCAUCAGUGGACGAUACCCUUGGAUUGUUGCCGUUUUUUGUAACAGGAUGAAUAAGGUUAUGUACAAUCCAGGACGUAUUCAACUGUUCAAUCUACUGAACGGAAUAUUAUGCGUUUAUAAAUCACCUGGGUUGAAUGUUGAAAAAUUAACCAGAAAUGUGAAAUGCUCAUUGGCAGAUGCUUUUAACUCACUUCCAGCUGAGAAACAGUCGAUCAGAACGAUCAUUCAGACAUCCGGUGAUGUCAACUGUACUCUACCAAAAAUAAUUACAGAACCUGAUAUUGUUGAUAGUGAUCUUGUAUUGGGUAAACGUUUUCUUCCAGGAGAUAUUAUGUUAUAUCCUAUUGAUCCCCUUAGUGAUUUUAUGUCUGGUGUACAAGUCUAUGGUAUUGGAGAAGAUGGUAUUUACAAUUAUGCUGAUAAGUUCGAACAAUCUUCUUGGCUUAAAACCUAUCACUUAACAUGCAUGAUGGGACGUGCAUCAACCGAUGGAACAGCCAGUAGUACAACAUUACUAAGAGCUUCAUGGAGACAUGUUCAAAAAUGCAAAAUAGAUCAGGUUCUUGUUGGACUACAAGCUCAAUUCAAUGCUUCUGGAUUAUUACAAGCAGGACUUCGUCCUAAUUCACAAAACGCAUAUCUAGCACUGUGUGGUCGUAGAGCUGGCAGUGAUCUUCGUCCGGUAAAACCCACACACGGCGUAGAAGAUUAUGAAGGAGAGGAACAGUUACUUUCACCAUGGGAACGUCCAAUGCCAGAUGAAAAUCGAAAUCCCGAAACACUACCUAAUCGUAAGUAUGAGUGGGAAGAAGAAAGAAGGCAAAUGGCACCUUAUGUAAAUGCGAUGUGUUGUGUGGAUUUUGAUCCUCCGUUUUUUACAAUUGAAAUUCAAGUUACACAUGAAACAUUGAAAUUUUUCAUUGAUUUAGUUGCUAAUCUUGGUCCAAAAUUACGUACAGCUACUUUAUUAUCAAAAGUUAGACGAGUUAGACAUGGACCAAUCACAGCGGAAAAUUCAUUACUUAUGAAACAUUUACAUAAUAUACCUAUUGAAUUUUAUCAUGAAUUUAUUCAAUGUAUCAAUGAUCUAUUAAUACAAUAUAAAAAACAUGAUAAAAAUUUAUCUAUACCAUUAGAAAUAGAUUUUAUAGAAGAUUUGAACUUAUUAAAACAUUUAAUGAAUCGUACACAAGGUAAAUAUGGUUAUCAUGUAUUUGAGAAUUUGUUUCAAUGUAAUCAAUUAUAUUCAAUAGGAUAUGAAUGUACUAAACAAUAUAAAUAUCGUAUGAUUCCAAUAAAUUCUUAA